CUAUAUAAAUUUUAACCACUGUGCUACUUUUAGCCAGUUGGCAUUUUAACUUUGGAGCCAUUAAGACUUGGGAGCGAGCAGACAAAUUUGAAAAAUGGAUUUCAACACAGCCUCAGAAAAAGCCAAGACUUUCACUAAGAAGCCCAGCAAUGAUAUUUUCUUGGAAUUUUAUGGUCUUUACAAACAGGCCACCGUUGGUGAUUGCAAUAUUGCGAAGCCCGGUUUAACCGAUUUGACUGCCAAGGCUAAGUAUGAUGCUUGGAUGAAACACAAAGGCAUGUCGCCAGAUGAGGCCAAAAAAGCCUAUGUGGCUACAUAUCAGAAAUAUGCUCCUACAUAUGCCUAACUAAGCACAUCUUUAACUUAGAAGAAAACUUUAAUAAAAAAAGGAAAAUAAUGGAAA